AUGUCCCUGCAGGUUGAACCUCCCCUCAUAAACAUCCAUGACAGCGCCUUCAUGCUCGGCAACUCACGCAUGGUAUCCAUCCCGCAAAUCCAAGACUGUCUAUCGCGGAACUGGGUCGUAGUGGUUCCCAACCACUGUCUCUGCCCCGGGGUGAACAUCCUCGAAGGUCCAGUGGAGGAUUGUUGGGGUCUCCUGGCAUUGGUGUAUGAGGGUAUAUUGGAAGAGUUUCUACGCGAUCAGGGAUCGACUUGGGUCGGUGUUGACGUCGAGAAAGUGAUGGCAUUCGGAACGAGUAGUGGGGGCUUUUUGGCCUUGAGUUUGGGCUACGACGUCUCCAAACCACCCAAGGCUAUUCUCGGUUUCUACGGUGCUGUCCAUUUCACGCAUGCGUUCUGGACAACGCCUCUUCCGCAUGUGGGCGAGAAACUACCGUCUGGUUCGGCCCCGGAGUUUAUUAAUCAGGUUUACGGGGAGUAUCCCGUCCUCACGGAUAGUUCUAUCUCGCUCGAGGGCCAGGCAGAGUCUGGACGGGCUAUGGGCCCGGAUUUUUGGCGUCCCCGGGAUGCGUUUGCGUUUACGCAGAUUGCGAAUGGGCUGGUAUUGAGUGCUUGUUUUCCGGGACGGGAUGUGAGGGAGAUUGAUCUUAUUUGUCACAUUGGGGAAGGGUUCCCUGCUACGUGUAUUGUGCAUGGGAUUGAGGAUCAGAUGGUUCCAAUAUCCCUAAGUAGGGAGUUGGUGAAGGUUUUGAGGGAGAAAGAGGUGGAGUGUGAGAUGGUGGAGGUUCCAGGGGAAGAUCAUACGUUUGCGAUGGAGAUGGAGGUCGGGUCUAGGACAUGGGAGGUACAUAGAAGAUUAAUGAGUGUCGAGGCCACCGGCCUGAAAAUCAAAAACUCCGUCCAUGCGAACAUGUAUACACAGUAUACACCCAGUCCAUCUCAAUGCUAA